AUGAAAGGUAAAGGUAAAUGGCAUGGUGUAACGCCAUACAUGUUCUUCUGUUGUUGUGUAUUUGCAUGUGGUAACAUCUUGUAUGGAUUGGACGUUUCGAGUUUUGGUGCUAUUCAGACCUUACCUUCUUGGCUUCGUCAGUUUGGUGAACUUCAACCGAAUGGUACAUACAUCCUACAGACACGUCGUCAAUCUAUCAUGAAUGGAGUUGUUUGGCCUGGGAAAAUCACUGGCGUUCUCUUAUUCGAUCCUAUACUCAAUCGACUAGGAUACAAACGAACCGCAAUUCUCGUGGCUUGUAUACAAAGUCUAGCCUUGAUAAUCGAACUCACAGCAAAAGAUUGGAGACAAUACUGCGUCGGUCGUGUAUUCGCUUAUCUCGGAGUUGGAAUAGUAGAAAACAUUGUACCAGCUUAUCACGCCGAACUCGCACCAGCCGAAAUCAGAGGUUUCUUCGCAGGAUCAAUUCAAGUUCUCGUACAUAUCGGUGCCAUCUGGGCUUCAUCAGUUACAAAAGCUUACGCUACCGAACCAGGUAAUAUCGGAUGGUUGGUUCCGACCGCUCAACAAUUAAUUCCAGGAGUUCUCUUGAUGAUCUUCGUUCCUCUUACCGUUGAAUCACCUCGUUGGUUAUUAUUACACAAGAAAGAAGAUAGAGCUUUGAAGAAUUUGAAUAGGAUCAGACCUAAAAAGGAUGUAGAUUCAGGUUUGACAAUGUUGGAGAUUGAUGCUCUUGAACAAGCCAAUUUCGAGUCGAGGGCGAAUGAAUCUAGAUGGAUCGAACUUUUUCAAGGGACUUAUCGAAGACGUGCCGUGAUCACAGCAGUAACAUUUUUCCUCAACGAAGUAACCGGACAACAGUACACGAACGCUUUCGGUCCAACAUUCUACAAAUCCAUCGGUUUAGGAGCUAAAACAUUCACUUACAAUAUCCUAGUCACAUUAGCAGGUUUCGUAGCUUGUGUCAUUGCUAUUUUCUCAAACGAUCGUAUAGGUCGUGUUCCACUCGUCGUCCUUUCUUGUGGUCUAUGUAUCAUCUUCACCUGUCUCGUUGGAUCUUUAGGAGCUAUCAAAAGUCCUACUACCACACAACAGAAUACGGUCAUAGCUUCUAUUAUUUUGAUAAAUUUCUCAGCCAAAAUUGGCGUUUCGAGUCAAUGUUAUACUAUUGGUGCGGAGUUAGGUGGAACUAGGAUGAGAAAAAAGAUGAUGGCAGUCGGUACUGCAGUAGAUGUCAUAGCUGCGUUCUUGGUAACUUUCUGUACACCUUAUAUCCAGAAUGCUUCCGGAGCGAAUCUAGGUGCUAGGACAGCUUAUAUUUGGAUGGGUUUCGCUAUUUUAGGUUUAUGUUAUUUCCCUUUUUUCCUUCCUGAACUUAAGGGUCGAUCUCUGGAAGAAGUAGACGAUCUAUUCGAACAACGUCUAUGGGCAUGGCAAUUCCGACACGCUACAACAUCCGGUGUGGGAGCUAGGAUCCAUCGAUUGGAACAAGGUGUGAUAGAAGGUAAAGAAGAGUUUCAUUCGGAACAUGUUGAGAAUGUCGAGUCGGAUAAAGUUUGA